AACUGUGAGGACAUGGGAUGUUAACAAUGAAAAAAAGCACAAAAGUGUAUUUAAACCACGAUCAGUUCAAGGUAAACGCGUGAUUCCUACAACUUGCACGUACAGCAGAGAUGGUAAACUUAUUGCAGCUGGGUGUCAAGAUGGCUCCAUCCAGAUCUGGGAUAGGAAUAUGAGUGUACACACGAAGUUCCACUGCAGGCAAGCCCAUGCUCCAGGCACGGACACUUCAUGCUUGAUGUUUUCCUAUGAUGGUACUGUCCUUGCCAGCCGGGGAGGAGAUGAUACUUUGAAGAUAUGGGAUAUUAGACAAUUUAAAAAGCCCCUUAAUUCAGCAGAAAACCUGCCCAGCUUCUUUCCAAUGACAGAUUGCUGUUUCAGCCCUGAUGAUAAAAUACUUGUCACAGGCACCUCUGUUAAGAAAGGUGGUGGCAGCGGGAAGCUUUUUUUCUUUUAUCGGGAGACAUUCCAGAAGUUGUAUGAGAUAGAAGUUACAGAUGCGAGUGUUGUGCGUUGCCUUUGGCAUCCCAAGCUGAACCAGAUCAUGGUUGGUACAGGAAAUGGCUUGGCCAAAGUGUACUAUGAUCCUGUCAAAAGCCAGAGGGGAGCAAAAUUAUGCGUGGUCAAAACAAAACGAAAAGAGAGACAAGCAGAGACUCUUACACAGGAUUACAUUAUAACACCCCAUGCGCUUCCGAUGUUCCGUGAACCACGACAGCGAAGCACAAGGAAGCAACUGGAGAAGGAUAGGUUGGACCCCAUGAAGUCUCACAAACCUGAACCUCCAGUAGCUGGACCAGGUCGUGGUGGGCGUGUCGGAACUCAUGGAGGUACCUUGUCAUCCUAUAUAGUCAAGAAUAUUGCACUGGAUAAGACAGAUGAUAGCAACCCUCGAGAGGCUAUUUUACGUCAUGCAAAGGAGGCGGAGGAGAAUCCAUACUGGGUUGCUCCGGCAUAUGCUAAAACACAGCCAAAAACAGUUUUUGCAGAAGUGGAACCAGAAGAUGAUGAAACGGACAAGCCAGAGUGGAAAAAACGUAAAAUUUGAAAAAUUUGAUUUAAAGAAUCAUUUUAGAGCAUUUGAAAAAAAGUGCAGCAUUUAUUUCUUUAUUUUGGCUAGUGGAUCAAAAUUUGAAAGCAAAAAUUACUUCAGUUCAUAAACUUGCUGCAGUGUAAAAAGGGAUUGUUAUAUUACACUGGAUUGUAAUCCCACAUCUGAAUUUUGUAAUAAGGAAUGAAUUAUAUUGUGCAAAGAACUCCUCUCUGUCAGGUAUUUAGCUUUGUGAUUUAAGUGAAAAAUAUUUCUUUAUAAAUAGAACUCUAGUGAAUUCAUUAUAUCGCCAAAUGUUUUUUUUUAAUUACUGCCAACUUUACAAUGCUGUGUCAUGACAGUUUUCAAUGAUUUUAAGUAUAUAAAUAAAAUAAUAGUUUCUCAGAC